CAUAUGGCGCAGACUGUGUCGAUCGCCAGUCUAGUGAUGUACAGGAUGUGAUAUGAGCGGGUGACAGCAUGGAAUGGCGUUUAGAUGGGCGUUGUUGAAAGACCGCUCCGCAUAAGUCUUCGAGUGCUUGGAGCGUUUAGUUAUGAUAGAUACCACGUAAUUGUAAUACUUCACAAGAUAAGAAGAUCUCGGUCUACCGCGCCUCUCAUGAAACCCACCCUUGGGGCCUACCUAGGUACAGGGGAUUUGCUCACCGACAAGUUCACCGCCAUACUCACCGCAAGAUUCUGGAAGGUCAAGCGGGGUGCGGGUGAUAGCAGGGAAGGAAAUAUGGAUACGCAGGAAGAUAUUGAGAGCUUGAGACAGUGUUUGGUGUUCGUGAAGUACGGAUAUGAUCAUUGAAAGCAAACUAUGUACCGCAGCUAGAGAAUGUUCGCCGAAGAGAACGAGCAGCUACCACCCAAUGCAUAUGCGUAUGCAAAACAUGUCCAGAAAACCUCGCGUUCAGUACAGAGGAAAGGU